GUGUAAAAUGGUAACUUGAAAUCGGACUUAAGAUUUGAGAUAGAAUUAUGUACAUCCGCAGAGUGAUUAAGGUUGAUUGGUCCUGGAUUUAAAUUUGUCAGAGCACGAUGUCCCAAAAUGAAUCAAGAAACCCAUCAUCCAGGUCAGCUUCCUCCUCCAGAGACGAGAAGUCCCGUCGAGUGAGUUCUACCGACUCCAAACCAAUUUCAAUCAAAGCUGUAACUAACCCCCAGGGCAGAAAACCAGAAAGAAGACCAACCUCUCAAAGCUCUGCGUCUCCGCCAACGCGUUCAUCGUCACAGAACUCUUUGUCACCACCAAUACGAUCACCGGUAAGAAGAUCAGAGAGACCCUUCAGUGAAAAGUCCCUCCUCUCUCGGAGUUUGUCUUAUGAAAGGGUACCCAGAGGAGCGAUCUCUGUGAGACGUAUCAGUGACGAAAUUCCUCGAGGUUCUCCAGUUUCAUUCGCAUUCCCACAUGGAAGAGAUCGUUUUCCCAGUUUUAGCACCUCGCGCUCCAGAAGCAACAGUGAUGCCACUAUUCCGGAAGAACCUUUACUUUUCGAAAUCACCGAAAUCAAGAAAUUGAAAUCUGCUGAACGGGAUUUUAAUAGAAAAGGAGUCGUUUGGACAACAGAUGGUCGACUGGUUAUCAUUAACUUCGGAAAUGAACAACUAAAAGUAUUCAAUGAAAAUUUUCAGGAAACAAUAUGCAAGCAAGUUCCCGAAGGUUGUCGUGGAAUUUCGGUUGGUGCAGAUGUUAAUGACGUAGUAAUCACGUGUCACAAGAGAGUUUAUAAUUACCGAAUCAACGAGAAAACGAUAAGUGAAGGAAAGUGUUUUGUACUAAACGGAAAUGGAUAUGGUGUUUCUUUCGGAAGAUCCCAUUUUGGUGUCACUAUUAAUAUUGGAGGAGAAAGCAAAUGUGUAGCUCUACUGAAUGACGAAGGAAAAGUUGUUCAGCAGGUUGAAAAGAUUCAAAGACCAAAUGAAACUCAUUUCAAGGCGUUUCACUUGUACUUAACAAUGGACCCGAACAGAAAUGUGAUGUAUCUCUCCGAUGUUCAUAGAGAUAUGCUGCUCUGUGUGUCAUACUCGGAGAAACUCUACUGGGAGAAAGAGCUCCCAGGGAAACCAAGAGGGAUAUGUGUAGUGGGGAACCAUGUUAUAGUUGCCAUUACAGGAGAAAAACUGUGUGUUCUUACCAAAGAGGGGCAUCUUAUGAAAUUGUUGCCAAGUCUGGGGUACGACCCAGAGAGCAUUGCCUAUGAUGAUGAUACUCACCGCCUUGCUGUCUCUCAGUAUUAUAAAGGUUGGGUCCAUAUCUACCAAUUAAAGUAAAUUCUAG